AUGGAACGAAAACGCGGACCGUCGCCACAGCUCACGUGCCGCAAGCCACUAGCUGUGCCGCGGCUUGUCGUUGAGCCCGACUUCGACCGCGAUGAACCUUUUACCAGCGUUCCUGUGGAGCACACGAGUGUUCGCGGCGUGUUCCUGCUCGCAAUGGCCGUCACGUCGUUUGCGGCUUUUACGCUCUUUUCACUGGCGGAGCUCACGCACCACCACCCGAGGUUCCUCUUUGCCGAUUUCUUGCAAGGCGACACACAUGCGGCGGCUCAGUGGCUGUUGCUGCUGACUGUACCUGCGACAAGUGCAGCUGCGUGGUUCCCCAUCUCGAUCUCCCAUGUACCAAGCGGGAGGUUACUCAUCACGUCGGCAGUGCCGCCGCCACUGUCCCCUACACUGGUGGCGCCGUCUCGUAGGGCCCCCUCGUCGUUCUUUGCAAAACUCACGCGACGUUUUCGUCACAAUUACAUGUUUGCCAUCUACCAGAGCGUCGGGUGGACACUGUACGGACUUGUGGUGACGCUGCAGCUCAGUUGCUUUGGAUCGUAUAAAGUACGGGACCUGUUGUUCUGUAAUCCAGGCAGUCGUUCGGUCCAGGCCGUGGUGGCGUUCAUUGCUGAGGUGCUGAUCAUUUCGUCCGUGUUGACGCUGGAAAAGCGUCGAGAUCGCAAUCGUCAGCGACGGAAGGAUCGGUUUGUGGUGCAGCUGAACAACUUUAAUAACAUGCUGUUGCUGGUAGGCGCGACCUUGCUUGCUCUAGCGUCUGAGUACACGCGCGUGUUCCCGCACCCGUCGGGCAGCAGUGUCAGGUACCCAAUGGUCACCGGUCUAGGUUCCCUCGCUCUCUUUGUGACGGCGCUUUUCAACACGUAUGGAUUGGGUGGUGUCUUGUCGACAAAGGACGGCUGGAGUUUCUACCAGCCUUUCAUGGGCGGUGCGCGUUUCGUGCUAUUCCAGAUUGUGUCAUGGACGUGCUUUGGCGCAGGUGCGGCACUGCAGUUGUUGUAUCUACUUUCGAUGGUAGUCGUGGAGCUGGAACCGUUUGUGGGUGCGAUGGCUGUCGCCGGGUCGUUGUUUGUGUUAGCAGAGAUUGGCAUGAUGAUGUCGUUGCUGGUUUUCCGGAAGUCUGCGUUAUCGCCUGUGGCAUCCGCUACUACUUUUUCGGAGACGGUCUCGUUUGGUGACAAGAACUUGAUUAUAAAGCCCGAGACUUUGUCGGAAGGGAAAGUUGAUAAGCAGUCGGUUGCAGCAGGAUCUUUCGCGUGCUGUUUGAAGCUUCAUAACCGACUACGAAACUUUGCCGACGAGUGUCUUGGAGUUCUUGUCGUGGGAGUUCUGGCCAACAUACAGUUCAUUCCGAAUGCCUCGUGCGUCGUCCUGUUCGCUGCUACGACAAAUUUGAGUCCUGCUGGCAUUGCAUUUUAUAUCGUUAUGGUGACGUGUGGGGAGUUUGUCAUGGUCGCCUCUCGCUUACUUGCCACCCAAUUGUACUUGAUUGACUCGCGCAACGGCUUGUUGGAAGAAGUCAAUCGCUACCAUGUGAAAUAUGUGCUGCCCCAAAUCCUCGCCGCCUGUAUACCAGCCUUGGUUACGUACCGUCACUACAUUCACGACAUGGACACCUUCGUACCAGUAUGUAUCCUCACAAUCUUCAUUUACUUGUACGAGUUUACGUACCGAGGUAACCCGCAACAAACAGGCUGCCGCGAGCGAGCUAGCUGGAUUACAGGUCGUAACUUUCUCAUUGACACCGUCAGGCGGUAUUUCAGCGGAACCAUUAUUCGGAUGGCUCCGUUGGAUCCAAAGCAGCAUUAUAUCCUGAGCUUCCACCCUCAUGGCAUCUAUCCCAUCUCCGUGAUGUGGCUCCAGCUCACGACACAAUGGAGACGUCUAUUUCCAAACUUUUACGCGCACAUUUUGACGGCGAGUAUUUUGCAUCAAGUUCCGCUCGCCCGAGACUUGCUCCAGUUUUACGGAUCGCGUGAAGUCACUCGACAAGCGUUUGCGUACACCCUGCAGCAGAAAGAGAGCGUGUUACUUGUACCUGGUGGUCAGGCUGAGAUGCUGCUGCAACAGUCUGGAAGAAAAGAGGUGCGCGUGUACACGCAUCACAAAGGUUUUAUCCGUCUCGCUAUCGAGCACGGGGUGCCGCUGGUGCCAGUUUUGAGUUUCAAGGAAGGUGAGAUGAUGGACAACAUCCAGGCUCCUCUGGUGCAGCGCUGGUUUGUCAAGAAACUCGCUUUUCCGUUUCCCUAUUUCCCAUACGGCCGUGCACUGCUGCCGAUCCCGCGUAAGGUCGAUAUUCCAAUCGUAGUUGGGGAGCCUCUUGAGGUGCCCCACAUUGCAAAGCCUACGCAAGCCGACAUCGACAAAGUCCAUGCUACCUAUUAUACCGUGCUUCAAAACAUGUUUAACAAGUACAAGGACGAGGUCGGAUGUGGCGACUACAAGCUUGUCCUGAUCUAG